AUGGACCAUGUUGAAGGUUCCGGAAAUAACAAUAACAUGAUGGGAUGGUCCGAUGACGAAGAUUUAGGCAGCGAGGGAUCUGGUGUGCCGGAGAUGGAAGGUUCCGGCGAUACGGAAGGUAUUCAUGAUGCUAUCGUGCCAGUCGUCACAGCCGAGGAUGUCCGGCAAACAGAACGUACCGUUCUCGAUUCUACUACAAGCACCUCUACUUUUACAGAGCAGCGACUCGAAACAAGACCACCAACUCGACCACCGGUUAUUGCAAAGCCACCAGCAGCCGGCUCGACAGAUCGUUCCUCGUUGUCCAUAUUAACUGCAUUCGUUAUUCUCUGGGCGCCACUGUUGUUUUAUUAG